AAAAUCGCUUUAAAUAAAAAGUAGUUUACGAACACCGAGCGAAAAAAAAAAACUCAAAAAAAAAAGUACGCUUUUAAAGAGACCUUCACACGUGCUAAGAGACUGGGAUUCGGUACGGUCAACCACGUGUCUGCUCUUCCUUCUCCUCCCUUAAUCCCUUCUCCCUCUCUUAUAUUCAUUCUUCCUCUUCCCAUUGACCAACCCAUAAACCACCUUCCCUCUUCCUUUCUCUCUUUCACCCACCAAAACGUUGUCGUUUUAAUUCUCUCAUUUUCCAACACUCGCCGGAAAUUAUCCAACUCCGACGAAUAGUUAAUACAGUGAAAGCUCAAAGUCCGACGAUGGAGACUGAUGUUCAGUCAAAUUUCACGUAUCUAGGACGAACAUUCAACAAUCUCAGUAUCAAUGAAAGUUCCUCAGCUUUCAGUGAUUGCAACAGUGAUAGAUCCGGCGAGUUUCCAACGGCUUCUUCACAAAGCCGGCGGUUAAUUUUAGCUUGUGCUUCGGAUAAUUCCGAUGAAUUAAUCAACCAGCUCGUCUCCGAUCUCCGGUCUGAUAUAAUUGAAGAGCAAAAACAAGCUGCAAUAGAGCUUAGACUCUUAGCAAAGAAUAAACCGGAAAAUCGUAUCAAAAUAGCUCGAGCUGGAGCAAUCAAACCGUUGAUUUCACUUAUUUCAUCAACCGAUCCUCAGCUUCAGGAAAACGGCGUUACGGCGAUUCUGAAUUUGUCACUUUGCGAUGAGAAUAAGGAACUUAUUGCUGCAUCAGGAGCCAUUAAACCACUUGUUAAAGCGCUUAAAGUCGGAACCUCAACAGCGAAAGAGAACGCGGCUUGCGCUCUUCUCCGAUUAUCGCAAGUUGAAGAGAACAAAGUCGCAAUUGGUCGAUCAGGUGCAAUACCUCCAUUAGUAAACCUUCUAGAAACAGGAAACUUCCGUGGCAAAAAGGAUGCAUCAACUGCUCUGUACUCUCUAUGUUCCGUCAAGGAAAACAAAGUACGAGCAAUUCAAGCUGGGGUAAUGAAGCCGUUGGUUGAAUUAAUGGCGGAUUUCAGUUCAAACAUGGUGGAUAAAUCGGCGUUCGUCGUAAGCGAAUUGAUUUCGGUAUCAGAGGCAAGGCCGGCGCUUGUAGACGAAGGUGGAAUUCCAGUGUUGGUAGAAAUUAUCGAGGUCGGAACACAACGGCAGAAGGAAAUUGCCGUUGCAAUAUUGUUACAGUUAUGUGAAGAAAGUGUGGUGUAUCGUACUAUGGUGGCGCGCGAAGGAGCCAUUCCUCCCCUUGUUGCUUUGUCACAGUCAGGAACCAGUCGCGCCAAACGAAAGGCAGAGAAACUGAUUGAUCUUCUAAGGCAACCAAGAUCCGUUAACGCCGCUGCAACAACAGCAGUAGCAAGAACCUCUGGUGUGCCAGUCUGAACUUGUGUCCCUACAUGUUGUUCCUCUUUUGUUUUGUAAUCUUUGUUUGUAUCAUACCAGUCCAACAAAGCACAAAUUAUCAUGGACAAUAUAGAAAGAAAAAAAAAAGAAGAUAUUUUCAAAAAAAAAAAAAAAGUGAAAAUUGUAAAUGCCUUCUGUUAGUACUAGUAAAAAGCUUUGUAAAUUUGGUGAGUUUUGAUUUUGGCUUUCUUGAAAUUGUAAUAUGAAUUUCUACUUCUUUUUUUUU